AUGGACCUCCGAGCAGGGGACUCGUGGGGGAUGCUAGCUUGCCUGUGCACGGUGCUCUGGCACAUCCCUGCAGUGCCAGCUCUCAAUCGCACGGGGGACCCAGGGCCUGGCCCCUCCAUCCAGAAAACCUAUGACCUCACCCGCUACCUGGAGCACCAACUCCGCAGCUUGGCGGGGACCUAUCUGAACUACUUGGGGCCCCCUUUCAAUGAGCCUGACUUCAAUCCACCUCGGCUGGGAGCAGAGACUCUGCCCAGGGCCACUGUCAACUUGGAAGUGUGGCGAAGCCUCAAUGACAAACUGCGGCUGACCCAGAACUACGAGGCCUACAACCACCUUCUAUGUUACUUGCGUGGCCUCAAUCGUCAGGCUGCCACGGCCGAGCUGCGCCGCAGCCUAGCCCACUUCUGCACCAGCCUCCAGGGCCUGCUGGGCAGUAUUGCGGGUGUCAUGGCAGCUCUCGGCUACCCACUGCCCCAACCUCUGCCUGGGACUGAGCCCACCUGGGCCCCUGGCCCUGCCCACAGUGACUUCCUCCAGAAGAUGGAUGACUUCUGGCUGCUGAAGGAGCUGCAGACCUGGCUGUGGCGCUCAGCCAAGGACUUCAACCGGCUCAAGAAGAAGAUGCAGCCUCCGGCAGCUGCGGUCACCCUGCACCUGGAGGCCCAUGGCUUCUGAUCUCUGACCUUUACCACCUCCUCUUCCUUCCUCUUUCAAACC